GGCGCCCCAGUCCGCGCGUCUGCCGCCGCCCCUGCUCCGGCGCGAUGAGCUGCCGCUAGCGGCCCUCCCCGCGAUGAAUGACUCCGGGUGGCUCAACGCCUCGGCGGGCGACGACCCGCCCUACUGCGGCCGGCACCUCGCGGCCUUCAGCGAGGCCUACCGGCCCGUGCACGUGUACGCCAGCCUGCUGGUGUGCGUGUUCGGCUCGGUGGCCAACUCGCUCAACAUCGCCGUGCUCACGCGCCGCGAGAUGUCGUCCCCCACCAACGCCAUCCUCACGGGCCUCGCCGUGGCCGACCUGCUCGUCAUGCUGGAGUACGUGCCGUUCGCCGGCCACGCCUUCCUGCCCUACGAGCAGCGGCUGAGCUACGGCUGGUCCGUGUUCGUGCUGUUCCACUCGCACUUCGCGCAGGUGUGCCACACCGUCGCCAUCUGGCUGACGGUGAUCCUGGCCGUGUGGCGCUACGUGGCCGUCGCGCACCCGCAGCGGAGCCGCGAGUGGUGCGGCAUGGGGACGACGGUGCGCGCCAUCGCCAGCGCCUACGUGGUGUGCCCGGUGCUGUGCACGCCGCUGUACCUGGCCUUCGACGUGAGCUGCCGCCCGGCGGCGCUGGGCCCCGACGGCCUGCCCUGCGCCGGCGGCUGUCACGGCGCGCGCAACGUCACGCUGUACCACGUGGGGCUGAGCGAGCUGGGGGACGCGCGCGUCGUCGGCGACGUCAGCCUGCAGACCGUCAACUUCUGGGUGUACAGCGUCGUCAUCAAGAUCAUCCCGUGCGUGGCGCUGACGGUGCUGAGCCUGCGGCUGGUGCUGGCGCUCGUCGAGACCAAGAAGCGGCGCCGCCACCUGGAGGGCAAGACGAAGAAGAAGGCGACGGCGGAGAAGGAGAAGCAGACGGACCGCACGACGCGCAUGCUGCUGGCGGUCCUGCUGCUCUUCCUCAUCACGGAGUUCCCGCAGGGCAUCCUCGGCCUGCUCAGCAUGUUCCUGGGCGAGCCGUUCUUCAACAGCUGCUACGCGCGCCUCGGCGACCUCAUGGACAUACUGGCGCUCGUCAACUCGGCCGUCAACUUCAUCCUGUACUGCUCCAUGAGCCGGCAGUUCCGCGCCACCUUCGCGCAGCUGUUCCGGCCGCGCAUCCUGGACCGCUGGGCGCCCGUGCCGCAGGCCGACGGCCGCGACAACGGCGCCGCGACGCAGGUGACGCAGGUCUAGCGGCGCGCUCUGAGGCGCCUCCGCCGCCCCCCGGCCCGCCGGACGCCCUCGGACGUGUCUCCGGCGGCUCGGCGCUCGCGACGACCAUCAGCGACCGCCCCGCAGGUCCCGUGACCACGUGAUCCGUCAACAUCUGGUUGUUCCCGUCAUGACGUGAGCUCCCCGCUCGCGUGCGUGUCUCGUGACACGGCGUGAUCGUCAUAUUUUACCUGUUAUUCCAGAAAGUUAAAUUUAGGUGUUAAAUUCGAAUCUAAACUUUUUUUUUUUUUUUCAACAGCAUCGCUAAAUUUUAUUCUAAUCGUUAUUCAAGCGAAACAUUUUUGCGGGUAUACGAGUUAUAUCAUAUUUAUUAGUGUAAUUCGAAGGUCAUUCGUAAUUGAUAGGUUUCAGAAUUCACGCCGGUUUUUUUGGUCCUAUGCCCACUUCUGGAGGCCAAAAUGGUUUACUAAUCAUGUAACAUUUUGAACAAUCAAAGAAACGUUUGGAUGAACGAAGGUAUACUGUA